CAGUCUUCUGAACUCAGGUACACUGCCAACACCCAGCUGGAGCAUCUUCACGCUCGGUAUACUGGUACCGGACAUGCCGACUUGACGAAAUAUGAGUGGUUGACACACCAGCACCGCGACACCCUGUCGUCCAUCGUGGGCCACCCCACUCUACUGUCUUACCUUGCUGUCGCUGACGGUCAGGCGAUGGGAAGGAUGAAGUUUGAGAUGGCUGAGCGGAUGCUUCAGCCUUGUGGACCUCCUCCUCAAAAGGACGAGGACUAA